ACGCUGGAGGAAGGUGAACAACCACACCAACCAGGCGAGGGCACUGUUCGCACGCAACGGUCUAUGGCGACGGUAGGCUACAUACACAAGCGGAAGGCGAGCCCGUGACGCAAGGACCUUUCAUUGCCAUGAUGCUGCUCGUGAGCUCUUUAGACCCAAGAGGAAUUGUGAUUUUUGACUCAGUUCUGCGCACGCUGCUGUCGUGAAUUGUAUAGGCUAGUGCCGGUGAGGAGCUUAAGGACCCUCCUUAGAGGGAUCGACUCGGAGAAUACGGCCAUCGUAGCAAAGAGGUAGAAGACACCCAUAGGCUUGUGCUGACAGGACAACACAAUGUCCGGUUUAAAAAAGAGAAACUCAAACUCAUCUAACCGAGAUGAAGAGGACAACCAGGUGACGGAAAGGAUGCUCGGAGAAAAUGGGAACUCAAAACGAACUGCUGACGGCUCUCUCGGGAGCCCAGACAAAGAUACGAGCAAUGUUGGAGAAGAAACUGUUGUUUUACAAAGAACAAUAACUCUGCUCAAUGGUAUUGCUAUUAUUGUGGGUACCAUCAUUGGGUCAGGCAUAUUUGUCACGCCGACCGGAGUGGUUAAAGAAGCCGGCUCCAUUGGGGCAUCCUUGAUCGUCUGGGCAAUUUGCGGAGUGUUCUCCACCAUAGGAGCACUUUGCUAUGCCGAACUGGGCACCACGAUCACCAAAUCUGGCGGAGACUAUGCUUACAUUCUCGAAGUUUAUGGCUCUCUGCCGGCUUUUCUUAAAUUAUGGAUCGAGUUACUGAUUAUUCGCCCGUCCUCUCAGUACAUUGUGGCAUACGUGUUCGCCACUUACCUCCUGAAACCCAUCUUCCCUGUAUGUCCGGUACCGGAGGAGGGGGCGAAGAUAGUUGCUUGUUUAUGCAUCUUGCUGCUAACGGCUGUGAACUGCUACAGUGUGAAGGCCGCUACGCGAGUACAGGACGUCUUCGCUGCAGCAAAGCUCUUUGCUCUCGGACUUAUCAUCAUCAUUGGUUUCGUGCAGAUUGGCAAAGGUGAUGUGACGGGACUGCUUCCAGAGAACUCUUUCAAGGGGACAAAGACGGAUGUGGGGAACAUGGGGCUCGCGCUGUACAGUGGACUCUUUGCCUAUGGGGGCUGGAACUACCUGAAUUUUGUCACAGAGGAAAUGAUUGAACCAUACAGGAACCUGCCCCGGGCCAUCAUCAUCUCUUUGCCCAUUGUGACCAUCGUUUAUGUGCUAACCAACCUGGCCUACUUUACUACACUCUCACCAGAGCAAAUGCUCAACUCUGAGGCUGUGGCAGUGGAUUUUGGGAACUACCACUUGGGACCAAUGGCAUGGAUCAUUCCCGUAUUUGUCGGCCUUUCUUGCUUCGGCUCAGUUAACGGGUCUCUCUUUACUUCAUCAAGGUUGUUUUUCGUCGGCUCUCGGGAGGGUCACCUGCCCAGCCUGCUCUCCAUGAUCCAUCCCAGCCUGCUCACACCCCUGCCCUCACUCAUCUUCACUUGUCUGAUGACUCUGCUCUAUGCCUUCUCCAAUGACAUCUUUUCCGUGAUCAACUUCUUCAGCUUCUUUAACUGGCUGUGCAUUGCCUUGGCCAUCAUCGGCAUGAUGUGGCUGCGCUACAAGAAGCCCGAGCUGGAGCGGCCAAUCAAGGUCAACCUGGCGCUGCCCGUCCUAUUUGUGCUGGCGUGUCUCUUCCUGAUUGUUGUAUCCAUCUGGAAAACACCUAAGGAGUGUGCCAUCGGCUUUGGCAUCAUCGCUACGGGCGUGCCAGUCUAUUACAUCGGAGUGCACUGGCAACAGAAGCCCAAGUGGAUGUUGAAUGCUAUCUUUUCCAGCACUGCUCUGUGUCAGAAGCUGAUGGAAGUGGUGCCCCAGGAGUCUUGAAUAAGAGCGGAUCCCAUAACACCUUGCAACAUUUCAACACUCUCCCCUGCACACACACACACACACACACACAUGACUUGAAACAUUUUUAGUCAGGAUGGCAGUCAUUUAUCAUUUAUUGUACCUUUUAGAGAUCACACUCCCAUGGUAUAAUAAUUCUUGUUUUUAAUCAGGUAACAUUUCAGACAUUCAGUUUGAGCAUUUGAUCAAGUGAGUGUUUGAGCAACCUUGUGUGACCGCAGGCACUGUAGUGUGCGUGUGUGGUGUGCAUGCGCAUGUGAGCGUGUGUGUGUGUGUGUGUGUUUGUUGUGUGCGUGUGUGCAUGUCUGUGCGUGUGUGUGUGCACAUGCAAGCAUGUAUGUGUGUGUGUAGUCCCUCCGCUGGGCUACCACAUUCUCCUCUGGUCUCAGCUGCUAAAAGACAUGCCAGUCUCUGUAAUUACAUUCUUAACAGCCUCCUGAAAACACACACACACACACACACGCGCCCAUACAGAAACACUCCAUUUGUAGCUGUUCAGGUCUUAAGGGAGAUGGACCAAUGUGCUGUGCCUUUCUUUGUUGUUUUUAUAGGGUCAAGUGUGUUUCUGUAUUUGGAUUAGAUAUUCCUUUGGCCAUACAGUAGAUACGUUUGUUUCUACUAUUGUUAUUGUCAUCGUUAUCGUUAUUGUUGUUAUUUGGAAGUUGCGCUUGUGUAUUGCUAGCAAUCGACUCGAAUCGAAUCGAACACUACAGUGAGAGUAGCUAUAAAAUACUGUGCUAAUACAUUGCAGUUCAGUACUAAUCGUCAUACAGAAGUACAGUCUUGACUCAGCUGUCUGUAAUGCUGUUCAACUGGUCCAUUCAGUAAAGUACUAACUCGGCCUACUCUAGUGGUCCCAGUACUGACCAACUUCACUGGGUAAAGUACUUAUCUGACCCAGUGUUAGUAUUAGUACCAAGUCAGGUUGCUAAGAAUAGUAUUAAGUCAGGCGAAUACAAAACUGGCACACACUACAUUGAGACAGGACCAAACUGUCCCGCGGAGUAUGAGUGGCUAGCUCCAUGGAACAUACCCUCUCCUCUAUAUCCAUUACAUGAGAGAUGCCCUCUCUCUAUCUCUUAUCUCUCUAUCUAUCUCUCUCUCUCUCUCUCACACACACUAAGAAAUUAAUUGCAGUACUCCCAGUGAAUACAUUACCUACUGGCACAGUUCAGUAUCGUAAAUAUCUGCCACUGGAAGUCGGCACCACAUUUUUUUUUUAAGUGCUAACUCAACUUGCUCCGCUUGAGUUCAGUUCAGUACAGACCAGAGGCAGAGGUCAUUGGUGCAGACCAGACCCACUUCACAAAUCUGCUUCUCAUAGAGAACAGUAUGGCCUUCAUCAAUUGCUGGAACCGCUCCGACCCAUGUAGCGGUUUGUGAUCAUGGCACUGACUUGAAGUGGCGAGUAAUCGCAGAGUACACACUGGAACAGCAAAAACUGACUGUCAUCAGUACCUCAUUAAUGAUCUGCCACAUUAGCUCUCUCUUUUUCUCUCUGUGUGUGUGCGUGUAUGUGUGUGUCCGUGUGCGUGAGUGCAGUGCCACAUUCAAGUUACACCCGUCAUGUGUGUGAGAGACAAAGGUGUGUUGAGGAGCCCUUCUGUUGGACCAAAAUCAGCUGUUUUUUCUAUAGGAAUUCCUAUAAAUGGUUGUUUGUGGGAUUAGACACUGAUAUACUGUAUGUGUAUGUCAUGCGUGAUUGUUUGCAUGUGGGUAUGUGUGUUGGGUUGUGUAGGAAAGGAGAAGGGUCAAUGUGGUGUGUCUAUGUCGAUGGAGAAUGGUGAAUUUGUGUGUGUGUGUGUGUGUGCGUAUGUAUGUGUGUGUGCGUCAUUGUGAAACCUAGAAGCCGUUAUUUCAUUAGCUACUCGCCUCAGAGCUUUCUUUUUUUAUGUUCUUCUCUUUUUUUCUUUCCAUCAUGUUUUUACUUUUUCUUUUUUUUUUUCUUAGGUGUUGCUCUGUUUUGUUCAUCGACCUCUUCUCCCGGUGUUGAGCUCGUAGAGCAGCAGUUUGACUAACCCUGUGGGUCGUGCCCCGACCCUCAACCGUUCUGUAGAGGGACUUAUUUAUUUGUAGAGAUUAUACUAUAGUGCUCUUAUUUGUAUUUGUAUGGGGCAUUUGUAAAAACCGCUUUAGAAAUUAAAAAAAAAAAUGUCAGUCAGCA